AUGACGUACGAAAUCAUCGAUAAUAUCGCGGCCAAAGGCGUCUCUUACUACACGCCGGCCCAGGACCCUCCCGCAGGCACGCAACUCGAAGGAUCAGUCAAGUUGUUCAGCCCUAUCACGAUCCGCGGGGUGACGUUCCCCAACCGCUUGUUCCUGGCACCGCUCUGUCAGUAUUCUGCGAAGGAUGGCUACGCCACGGAUUGGCACUUAACGCACCUUGGCGGGAUCCUCCAGCGCGGCCCGGGAUUGGCAAUCAUGGAGGCAACCGCCGUCCAGAAAGUGGGUCGUAUCACCCCACAGGAUCUUGGCCUCUACGAAGACGGUCAGAUCGAGCCAUUGAAGCGUAUUACGGAGUUUGCCCAUAGCCAAAAUCAGAAAAUCGCGAUUCAAUUAGCUCACUCCGGCCGGAAAGGUAGUGCUGUUGCUCCUUGGUUGAGUGGUAACGCGAUGGCCGUCAAAGAAGUUGGCGGGUGGCCCGACGAGAUUGUGGCGCCAUCGGCCAUUCCCCAGGAGGAGGGGGUCAACACCGUCCCUAAGGCUCUGACGAAGGCAGAUAUCGAGGUGCUCAAAAAGGACUUCGCGGAGGCUGCCAGAAGAGCGGUUGACGCGAAUUUUGACGCGAUUGAGAUCCACGCCGCCCACGGGUAUCUUUUACAUCAGUUUUUGAGCCCAGUGAGCAACAGACGGACCGAUGAAUAUGGAGGCAGUUUUGAGAACCGAGUUCGAGUGGUAUUGGAGAUUGUUGAUGAGAUUCGGGCUGUUAUCCCAGCCACCAUGCCUCUCCUUGUUCGCAUCAGUGCGACGGAUUGGUUCGAGUUUGGCCUCGAGGACGAGUUUCCCGAGAGCUGGACUCUUGAUCAAUCCGUCCAGCUCGCCCCCCUCUUGGCUGAUCACGGUGUGGAUUUAGUGGAUGUCAGCUCCGGUGGUGUGCACGCCAAAUCUGCCAUUGCCAUCAAGCCAACCCCAGCUUAUCAAGUGCAUUUUGCCCAAAGGAUUAAGGAAGCGGUCGGCGAUAAAUUGCUGAUAUCCGCUGUGGGCGGUAUUAAAACAGGGGCACUGGCGGAGGAAGUGGUCCAGUCUGGCAUUGAUGCUGUCCAAGCCGGACGGUGGUUCCAACAGAACCCUGGCUUAGUUCGUGCUUUUGCGAACGAGCUCAACGUAAAGGUCAGGAUGGCGACACAGAUCGAUUGGAGUUUUGAGGGGCGCGGAAAGGGUAAAAAGCGCUCGUGA